AUGCCCCCCGCCAACUGCUUGGCGCCCAGCGUCGUGGUGGAGGCGUCUGUGGCCAUGCUGCUCCUGCUGGAGGGCGGCCUGGGCCUUCUGGGCAACGCCGUGGCGCUGUGGACCUUCUUCUUCCGCCUGCAGGUGUGGAAACCCUACGCCGUCUACCUGCUCAACCUGGUCGUGGCCGACCUCCUGCUGACCUUCUGCCUGCCCUUCCACGCUGCCUUCUACCUGAGACACAAGACGUGGAGCUUUGGACACGCGUCCUGCCAAAGCCUGUUCUUCCUGCAGGUCCUCAGCCGUGGGGCGGGCAUCGCCUUCCUCACGGCCGUGGCUUUAGACCGGUACUUCCGGGUGGUCCACCCCCGGCUGAAGGUCAACCUCGCGUCCCCCCGGGCGGCCUGGGGGGUGUCGGGCUUCAUGUGGCUGCUGCUGCUCGGCCUCACCCACCAGAGCCUGUUUGUCUCGGAGGCCGCGUGCCCGGGUCUGGAGCCUGUGGGAGAAGUCUCCUUCAGCAUCAUUUGGCAGGAAGCACUGUUCUUCCUGCAGUUUGUCCUUCCCUUUGGGCUCAUCCUGUUUUGCAACGCCAGGAUCCUCAGGACCCUCCAGAGGCGACUCCGAGACCCGGACAAACAGCCCAAGCUGCAGAGGGCCCGGGCGCUGGUGACGGUGGUCGUGGUCCUGUUCGCGGUGUGCUUUCUGCCCAGCUUCUUGGCCCGGAUCUUGGUGGCCGCCUUCCGCAGGGUGGGCGGCUGCGGGUUCCUGGGAGCGAUGGUGCACGUGUGCGACGUGACCAACGGCCUCACCUACCUGCAGAGUGUGCUGAACCCGGUGGUGUACUGCUUCUCCAGCCCCGCGUUCAGAUACUCCUACCGCAAGGUCUUCAACACCCUCAGAGGCCGAGGGAGGGAAACCGAGGCCCCGGGGGACAUCAAAGACUCCUACUCUUGA